AUGUCACAGGAUCCUUUGCAGCACACAGGGAACGCACACAAACAAGGAGACGUUGAGAAGGGCAAGGAGAUCUUUGUUCAGAAGUGUUCACAGUGCCACACAGUUGAUAAGGGAGGCAAACACAAGACUGGCCCUAAUCUGCAUGGUCUUUUUCACCAAAAGACUGGUCAAGCUGAAGGUUUCUCUUACACAGAAGCCAACAAAAGCAAAGGUAUAACCUGGGGAGAAGAAACACUGAUGGUUUACCUGGAAAACCCCAAGAAGUAUAUUCCAGGCGGAACUAAGACAAUAUUUGCUGGCAUUAAGAAGAAAGGGGAGAGGGUGGAUUUAAUAGCAUACUUUAAGGAGUCCACUUCUAACUAAUGGCUUCUGCUGCCUUAUUUAUUUCAC